GUCAUUCUAAUUCGAGAUUCUUCCAAUGAUAAUCGCUGAAAAUAACCACGUGAUUAACUUAUAUAAAUAGGCGAAUUUCCGUUGUGCAGCAAGAACAGUCGCAAAACACACACACGAAAGAAACACGUAUUAUAAUUGUUAUAUCAAAGGAGAACAAAGAUAAAUAUGCAGAUCUUUGUGAAAACCCUCACUGGAAAGACCAUCACCCUCGAGGUUGAGCCCUCAGAUUCCAUUGAAAAUGUGAAGGCUAAGAUUCAGGACAAAGAAGGUAUUCCCCCAGAUCAGCAGAGAUUGAUCUUUGCUGGCAAACAGUUGGAAGAUGGCCGAACAUUGUCAGAUUACAACAUCCAGAAGGAAUCCACACUUCAUCUUGUACUUCGUCUUAGAGGAGGUAUGCAAAUCUUUGUGAAAACCCUCACUGGAAAGACCAUUACCCUCGAGGUUGAGCCCUCAGAUUCCAUUGAAAAUGUGAAGGCUAAGAUUCAGGACAAAGAAGGUAUUCCCCCAGAUCAGCAGAGAUUGAUCUUUGCUGGCAAACAGUUGGAAGAUGGUCGUACUUUGUCAGAUUACAACAUCCAGAAGGAAUCCACACUCCAUCUUGUACUUCGUCUUAGAGGAGGUAUGCAGAUCUUUGUCAAGACCCUCACUGGCAAGACCAUCACCCUCGAGGUUGAGCCCUCAGACUCAAUUGAAAAUGUGAAGGCAAAAAUUCAGGAUAAAGAAGGUAUUCCCCCAGAUCAGCAGAGAUUAAUCUUUGCUGGCAAACAGUUGGAAGAUGGUCGUACUUUGUCAGAUUACAACAUCCAGAAGGAAUCCACACUCCAUCUUGUACUUCGUCUUAGAGGAGGUAUGCAGAUCUUUGUCAAGACCCUCACUGGCAAGACCAUCACCCUCGAGGUUGAGCCCUCAGACUCAAUUGAAAAUGUGAAGGCAAAAAUUCAGGAUAAAGAAGGUAUUCCCCCAGAUCAGCAGAGAUUGAUCUUUGCUGGCAAACAGUUGGAAGAUGGCCGAACAUUGUCAGAUUACAACAUCCAGAAGGAAUCCACACUUCAUCUUGUACUACGUCUUAGAGGAGGUAUGCAGAUCUUUGUCAAGACCCUCACUGGCAAGACCAUCACCCUCGAGGUUGAGCCCUCAGACUCUAUCGAGAAUGUGAAAGCAAAGAUUCAGGAUAAAGAAGGUAUUCCCCCAGAUCAGCAGAGAUUGAUCUUUGCUGGCAAACAGUUGGAAGAUGGUCGUACUUUGUCAGAUUACAACAUCCAGAAGGAAUCCACACUCCAUCUUGUACUUCGUCUUAGAGGAGGUAUGCAGAUCUUUGUCAAGACCCUCACAGGUAAAACCAUUACACUCGAGGUUGAGCCCUCAGAUUCCAUUGAAAAUGUGAAGGCAAAGAUUCAGGACAAAGAAGGUAUUCCCCCAGAUCAGCAGAGAUUGAUCUUUGCUGGCAAACAGUUGGAAGAUGGUCGUACUUUGUCAGAUUACAACAUCCAGAAGGAAUCCACACUUCAUCUUGUACUUCGUCUUAGAGGAGGUAUGCAGAUCUUUGUCAAGACCCUCACAGGUAAAACCAUUACACUCGAGGUUGAGCCCUCAGAUUCCAUUGAAAAUGUGAAGGCAAAGAUUCAGGACAAAGAAGGUAUUCCCCCAGAUCAGCAGAGAUUGAUCUUUGCUGGCAAACAGUUGGAAGAUGGCCGAACAUUGUCCGAUUACAAUAUCCAGAAGGAAUCCACACUCCAUCUUGUACUUCGUCUUAGAGGAGGUAUGCAGAUCUUUGUCAAGACCCUCACCGGCAAAACCAUUACACUUGAGGUUGAGCCCUCAGAUUCCAUUGAAAAUGUGAAGGCAAAGAUUCAGGAUAAAGAAGGUAUCCCCCCAGAUCAGCAGAGAUUGAUCUUUGCUGGCAAACAGUUGGAAGAUGGUCGUACUUUGUCAGAUUACAACAUCCAGAAGGAAUCCACACUUCAUCUUGUACUUCGUCUAAGAGGAGGUAUGCAGAUCUUUGUUAAGACACUCACUGGCAAAACCAUCACUCUAGAGGUUGAGCCCUCAGACUCAAUUGAAAAUGUUAAGGCAAAGAUUCAGGACAAAGAAGGUAUCCCCCCAGAUCAGCAGAGAUUGAUCUUUGCUGGCAAACAGUUGGAAGAUGGUCGUACUUUGUCAGAUUACAACAUCCAGAAGGAAUCCACACUUCAUCUAGUACUUCGUCUUAGAGGUGGCCAGUGAAAGUGUAACAAAAAUGACAUUUAAUUUUAAAGUUUUGAACAUUUUAGUCAUAAGAGGAAAAGAUGAAAUUUCUGUUCUUCAUUUUUAGUCUGUAACAAAAAUGAUUUUGGAAUUUUAGUUUUCUGAAAAGUCUUACGUGAACAAAAACAUCUUAAUCUGUGCAAUAAAAUGAAGUAAAUAUUGAAAAAA